AUGUCUAAACUUCCUGCUGACUGUUUAAAUGAAAUUUUUGAAUAUUUUGAAGACAAAAAAGAAAUUAUUAUUUCAACUCCAUCCUUGAAACCCCCAUUAUUUAAUUAUAUCACAUUUAUCAAGUACCUUUCAAUUGAUGAAAUUAAUGAAAGUAUUAAAAAUCUCUUCAAAAAUCAGGAACCCACCUCACGAAGCGUUGUGGAACAGGAGAUAUUUAAAAUGAUUAUGAGGCAAGCUUCUUUGAAAGAAUUGAAAUUUUAUUAUCAUAUUAAUCAUUUUCGAAAUAGCACGUUUUCAUCUUACCCUGGAGCAAUAGAUUGCUUAAAAAACCUUUCAACGUUUAGCUGUUAUUCAGAUAUUUAUCCCGAAUUUUUUUAUCAGCUAUCUCAAAUUUGUCAUAAUAUACAAUCACUUGGCGUACAAUUUAGGAGUGACAUUUCGAACGGAUUAGCAGACCUAAUUUCUGUUCAACAAAAUUUAAAGUACUUGACCAUCCACCAAUCAUACAAGUGUUUAUCAUAUAUAGUCCCUUUAUUGACCAAACAUUCAACCACCUUAAUUAGAUUACAGAUUAAUGGGACGGGAAAUUAUGAAUCAUUAUUAUUCAUUUCUAAUUUCAUAAAUUUACGAGAGCUCAUAUUAUCAUUUGAUUACGAAUAUGUUUUUGAAGAUUUUCGAACUUUACAAGAUGUUACCUUUCCACGUUUACGUGUUUUAAAAUUUCCGAAUAAAUGUCCGAAUCAUGAAUACUUGAUUAAAUUUUUGGAGAAUAAUGGAAAGAAUUUAGAAGAGUUUGAUAUUGAUAUUACCGAUAAUUCAUUAAAUUUAGCCAUCGCUAAAUUUUGUCCAAACCUUAAAUCAUUAUUCACCACAUUUUUGGACGAUGAAGUCGACACGUUGAAAACGAUUUUGCAUAGGUGUCAAGGAUUGGAAAUUAUUAAAGUUUGGUGCGGUGUUUGGCUUAGAGAAAUCUAUUUAGAAGAAAUAGAAUUGUUUGACGUUGUUGCAAGACAUUCCCCUAGAAAUUUUUGCGAGUUAAGAUUAUGUUAUCCAUACAAUGUACAAUUUGAUAUAACUUCGGUUGAAUUGGAAACCUUUUUUCAAAGUUGGAAGGAUCGUACGCCACGAAAAUCACUUUCUUUUAUGAUCGUGGGAUAUAUUUUAGAAGUUAAAGAAGAAAUCAUGAAAGUGAUCGAUCAAUAUAUUAAAUUAGGCGUUAUUGAUAAAUUUAAAAUCAUAAAGGAUUAUGAAGAAAAUUAG